AUGGCUGCGCCCACGAAAAACAAAAAACCGGUGAAAUCGGUGACAAAAGAUGAUUUACGUCGUCUUAUGAAAGAAACACGCACCAGUUCUGCAACUGCAGUAAAGCGUGUUGAUCAUCCCUACGCCAGGUAUAACUCCCUUAGUCAGCUGUCAUGUAGCCUCUGCGGCUCCCAGAUCAAGACAGACAAACUCUGGACUCCACAUGUCAUGGGACGUACACACAAAGAGAAUGUAGCAGCUCUGAAGCAAAAGACCGAAGCUGCUGAGGUCCCAGGACCACGACCUCCAGACAGAGGGAAGAGAAAGGCUUCAGAGCUUGAUGAUGAGCAGUUACUGAAGAAAAUAAAAGCAGAAAAAUCUGAAAAUGGCAAUCAAGCACAGCCUAAAUCGAUCCUGAAAAAUGCCCCCAAGUCCAUCCUGAAGAAUGCCACCCCACAGCCAGCUGUUGUGAAGUCUGCUCUCGCACUUGGCAACUACGCAUCUUCUGAAGAUGAGAGUGAAAAUGAAGAAGAGGCUCAGCCGCCUACAGUUCUUCAUGUACCUGAGCCAGUGGCAUCAUCAUCGUCGGUUGAAGAUUUAGGGACAGGACUGCCAACAGAUUUCUUUGAUGCUGGCCCAUCAAAGUCAGCUGAGCCUGUGGACCCGAUCGCCAGCAUGGCUGAAAAGCUGCCCGAAGGAUUCUUCGAUGAUCCUAAGCUAGAUGCUAAAGUGCGGAAGGUCGAGUAUAAGGACAAGAUGGAUGAAGAAUGGGCAUUAUUCCAGAAAUCAAUGAAGACAGAAAAUACGGUUUCGGAGGCGAUUAUGGAGGAAGAUGAUGAACAGAAGACGGUCGAACGAAACAUCGAUGAGAUUGACGAACAACUACAUCGUUGGACCCAGGUGUACGAUCUUGCUAAGAAGAAAGAGGAACUGAUGUCAAUGCCACCAGAAACUGUUCGGAAGGACGAGGAGGAAGAUGCUAGUGAUAUAGAGGACCAAGAGUUUGAGGAGUUCUUAGACUGGCGGUCGAAGGAGGCAUGGAAAUGAAAGCGCCUUCAGGUCCAGAAUUGAAAUAAACAUGGGGCCGUCAGAUAUGGUUACAUCGACUUGAUGUACUCAAAACCUGUCAUGUAUUUCUUUUGAAACUGCCGUAGUUUGUAAAGUAUACAAUACAAUAAU